AUGGGGAAGUGUGCUAAGAGCGUGGUGGCCUGUGUGGUGCUGACCCUGAUGGUGACGCUGAUGACCAUACAGAAAACGUCACUGAUCAUGUCGCUCCGGGUGGUGCUGCACCACUCAGUGGAGAUAGAGGCAGGAUACGCAGUUCUGUCAGUUAUACUGCUAGCACCCUACCUCUUCAGUGUGCUGUUGACCAUGUGGAAUGUUCCAUUCCUGCGCAAAGCAGAGGGGAGUCCUUGGCCGCCACUACAAAGCAUUUUCCUGAGUCUGUUCUCCUCUGUGGUGGAAGCUGCCUGCCUCGUGACGUUCACGACCAGGGUCAUGGUUCUUCUGCCAGUCUACGUGGCGCUUCCCGCUGCACACAGCACGCUCGCCGUGUCUUCUGUCAUCGUGUCCGUCCAGAGGAAGUGGAAACCAUCGCCCACGACGGGCCACGGCAAGCCAGACAGCCCUCCAGAGAAAGUGGACGACUCUUCCUUCUGCUGGCACGGCGCGCGCAUCAUGGCGUCGGUCAUGUGUCUCCUGGUCCCACCAGCCGUUGCUUGCUUCCUCUACGUCAUGGAUCUAGCAGAUGGGGUGUCGUCUUUGUGUUUCGGCAUUUCAUACUUAGCUCUCGCCCUGUGCCAACCUCUGUUUGGUGUUGUUUUACCCUCAUUGUUCUCAAUGGUAGCCAGUAUAGUAUUAUGUGUCUCACUCGCGCCGGUUAUGUACGGCAUUGAUGAGACAAAGGACUUAGGAUCUUUCUCGCCCUUACUCAUCUGUGCAUCUGUCUUAGCCUGGGCAUGGGCGUGGCCCUAUAUACUCAACUCUCACAACUUCCUUCGACGACCUUCAUUCCUCCUCACUCCAUAUAAGGCCAUGUUCUUAGACUUUGGCUGGAACCCAAUAUUUCACGACUCGAGGCUUUUGUUGGGUUACAACUGUAAGCAGUCUGUAGAGGUACUGACAUACGGACCACAGAAGAAAAAUAGGAUAUAUAUCUGUACCACCAUGUACAGAGAAGCAGACUAUGAGAUGGAGAGACUGUUGUUGAGCUUGGUAGAGCUCUCUACAGAUCCAGUACUUCAGGAUGUUCAUUUUGAAAGCAAUAUCUUCAUGGAUAACGGCUGUACGGGUGAAACGCUGAACGAAUUCGCAUUACAGUUCAUCGCUCUACUUGUAAGCAAAGCUGGCGUUGAACUCAACCAGGCUAGAUGUUAUCGAACACCCUAUGGUAUUCAAAUCUUCUGCAAGCUUUCAACAGGUUUACCUCUUUUCGUUCACUUAAAAGAUGCGCAAAAGGUUAAGCCCAAAAAGCGAUGGAGCCAGUGCAUGUACAUAAACUACGUGAUGAGGCAUAGGAAAACGUUAUGGCAUAACGAUCACAACAAUAAACGAUUUUUCAAAGACCUGGAAGACAAACUGAAGAGUCAAGGGAAGGAUGAUUUAGGAGAUAUGCAGCUUGAUCAAACUGGACAGUUCAUGCUUCGACGAGUGGCUAAUAUUGGCUAUCCGACGCUGGCUGAGUUCAAGGUCGUCACAGACAGUGACCAGGGAUUUGUCUCUGUCGAUGAGUCUUCACCGUCCAACAGUGACUCCGGUUCACAGGGUCGCGUGUAUAGCUCAAGCAAAGAAAGCUCCGAUCUUGACUCCCUCUCGGAAGAAAAGCCAAGGAGCAAUGGCCGUGCAGGGUACGAGAACAAAGGGUUUCAGGAUGAUGAAGAUAUUAUCCAUAGCUCGUCCAUGGAUAUGAAAGAUAAGAUGGUGGCAAGGCGGCUGGCCAGGUUAACUGACAUUGCGGGCCGGAUCUGGCUCGUGCGUCGUAAUUUUGGUGACCGCAAACUAUACACGUUGAAAAUUCCUGUUUUUGAUGUUGCUCGUUUAAUUAUGAGAAAUAAUUCAGCCCUAACAGUAUUAUAUAAAGUUUUACUUCUUAAUUUCCUUCUAGGUGCUAGUGACGUCAUCAACUUUCCCAAGGCAGAUACAACGCCUUCUUCGGACGACGAUAUUUUCAACAGUAGUACCUUGGUGGACGAUGAUCAUACCUUUAUCCUAGCCACUGAUGCAGACAUGGACUUCAAGGGCGAGGCGGUGAGAGAGUUGUUGGAUCUUUGCAACGCGGACAAAAGAGUGGGCGCCGCCUGCGGACGGACUCACCCCAUCGGCAAAAAGUGCAGCUCCAUUGUGUGGCACCAGGUCUUUGAGUACGCUAAAGAUUUCUGGAUGAUCAAAAACGCCCAGAACAUCAUUGGGUCUGUCAGCUGCUGCCCAGGAUGCUUCAGUCUCUACCGUGGCAGCGCUAUCCGUGACGUCAUGACCAAAUAUGCCAGCCCUACCAGGGCUCCCUACUCUGUCUACGUCAAGGAUACAGGUGAAGACCGAUGGAUGGCGACUCUGAUGAUGAUCAACGGCUGGCGCAUGCGAUACUCACCCUUCGCUGACAACACAACAUACUGUCCCGACUCCUUCGGGGAAUACUACAAGCAGAGGAAGCGAUGGAUUCUUUCCGACAUGGCCAACGCUGUCCUGGUCGUACAGAAUCUGUUCCGUUUGAUCCGCAACAACGAUUGCUUCAGCAUGAUGUACGUGGUCUACCUCGUCAACAUGUUCCUCAACAACAUCAUCACGCCAGGCACGGCCAUCGUCAUGAUUACUGCUGCAACAACAACCACAACAACAACUCGUCUACACCCCUGUCCUUCCCCAGAGGCCCAGUCCGGGAACUUUCACUUCCAGCAGCACUACGUGAUCCUCUUGCUGGCCCUGAGCCUCGUGUAUGCCGCCCUCAUGCACCCCCGGGAGAGCUACCAGAUCGUCUACGGCGUGGCCUACCUCUUCAUCUUCCCCGCCAUGCACGUCCUCCUGCCCAUCUACAGCAUAGCCAACAUUGUUGAUCAGAGCUGGGGAACGAGAGACUCGGUACGUUGAGA